GUAAGUUUGUGUUGUGAAAGAUUUAACAAGGUCCUUUCUGUUCCCUCUGCUGGGAUUCCUGAUAACUAUCUAUGCCUGAAAUAGCAAAUUAUUCCAUUUUCACUGCACUAUCUCCCCUCUAUGUGAAGAUUGCAAACCCAUUGAAAUGAACUCCUAAUAUGAUUAAAUUUCUGUUUUAGCCUCAACAUUAACCAAACAAGACAAACGUUCAGUCCUUCGUAAGGUGUAACAUCUUUCAGAGGAGCCCUACUGUGCAUCAAGAUGAAUAGCGCUCGGAUUUUUGUAGAGAGCACAUUAGCGAUAAUCAAACCAGAUGCUGUUGACAAAGAGAUAGAAAUUGAGGAGAUCAUCCUUCAAUCUGGGUUCACCAUAGUCCAGAAAAGGAAAAUGGUCUUGAGUCCAGAGCAGUCCAGUGAGUUCUACGCCACACACAGUGGGAAGAUGUUCUACCCCAGCCUGAUGGCCCAUCUCUGCUCUGGCCCAUUGGUUGCUAUGAUGCUCACCAGACAGUCUGCAAUUAAACAAUGGAACGACCUGCUGGGCCCUUCAGAUACUGAAAAGGCAAAGGAGACACAUCCCAAAAGUUUAAGGGCAAUAUAUGGAACAGAUAAAAUUAAGAAUGCAUUACAUGGUAGCGACUGCUUUAACACGGCAGAGAGGGAGAUUAACUUUAUGUUCCCAAAUGUUACCAUUGAGCCAUUUCCAGCUGACCAAGCUGCAGAAGAUUACCUCAGCAAGUUUGUAAACCCCACACUGCUGAUUGGGCUCACUGAAAUGUGCAAGCAGAAACCUGCCAAGCCAACUAUCUGGCUGGCAGACUGGCUUCUGGCACACAAUCCCAAUAGCCCCGCUGUUAAUGAGGGCAAAGUGAAGGAACCCGCUGAAUGCACCUUCUGACCCUGCAAAUGCAGACUCUCGGUGGGGCCCGCUACUGAUUGGAGCAUGUGGUGGGUUGGUUUGUUUCCAGCUGAGACAUUUCCAGUUGCUCAAAGUUAUUUUUGCUAUUAAAUUUCUGCUGUC